CAGGCAGCCGUGCCACGGGCACCAUGAGGGGUCUCUGGGCCCUGGCGCUCGCCGGGCUCGUCAGCGCCUGCCAGGGGAAGGAGCUGCUGCCAGCGGAAGGGGAGCUGUGCCCGCAGCUCUGGGACGAGGAUCUGGUUGGGGACAAGUAUGAGAAUGUCACAGGUUUUAACCUGAUCAAAAGGUUCGACCUGCUGAAGAUCUCGUCCGUCAAGAAGAUCCGCAGCGCCCGGGGGCCGGCGGUGCUGCGCCUGGGCACCGUGCCCCUGGUCCAGCCCACGCAGCAGGUGUUCCCCCGGGGGCUGCCCCCCACCUUCACCCUGGUGAUCACCUUGCUGCUGAAGAAGAACAGCACCGGGGAGCACUGGUACCUGUUCCAGGUCACCGACCGGCAGGGAUACCCCCAGUGUCCCCGACUGCCCCUGAACCCCAAUCCCGGCCGGACCCUGGAACUGCCCAGUGGGCGCUCAGGGUUUUCCCCACUGAGGCGCAGCGAGGCCAGGUGUGUCCCCUUUGUGUCACCGCCUGUCCCCGCGGCCCCGGCUGUCCCCCGCAGCCUCCCCGCUGUCUCCCCGCAGUGCCAGACGGAAGCGCCCAAGACUCGCCGUCAAGCGGAGCUGAUGCAGAGCAGCAACCUCAUCGAGAUGGUGCCGCAGCCCGAGGGCCGGGUGUUCACCCGCUGCUUCUGCCUGGAGGAGCCGCUGGGCACCGAGCCGGGGAGAACCUCGGGAAGGACCAGCCUGAGGGACGAUCCCAAGGAAAAGUGCCCUCCCUGCUCGCCGCAGCUGGCAUCAGGAAAUGUCACCCUCGGUCCCCCAGGCCCAAAGUGUGCCGAGGGGCCUCGGGGUGAGAAGGGGCAGCGUGGGCAGGUGGGACUGCCGGGCCCAGCUGGCACUGAGGGGCAGAAGGGCCAGAAGGGUGAGAAGGGUGAUGGGGGCCUGCAGGGCAAGCCGGGGCGCCCUGGGCGUGAUGGCCGGCCUGGAGAGAUCUGCGUGGUGGGGCCCAAGGGCCAGAAGGGUGACCCCGGCCUCGUGGGACCUGAGGGCUUGGCUGGAGAGCCAGGACCCCCGGGCAAGCCAGGCUCUCCCGGGAUUGGCAUUCCAGGGAAGCCGGGUGACCCCGGUGGCCCCCCAGGUGCCAAGGGAGAGAAGGGCAGCCCGGGAGCUCCUGGACCCGGAGGAUCGCCUGGGACACCCGGUCUCCCCGGAGUCCUGGGGCCGAAAGGAGACAAGGGCGAGCCGUGCGAGGUGUGUCCCACUGUCCCCGAGGGGACGCUCGGCGCCAUCGGAAUUCCCGGCAAGCCGGGACCCCGCGGAGAGCCCGGAGCGCCCGGCAGGGACGGGAUCUCGGACACACCCGGCCCAGCAGGAGCCAAAGGGGACAGGGGAGAUCCGGGCAUCCAGGGCAUGAAAGGGGAGAAGGGGGACUCGUGCCUGUCCUGCGACCUCCGCGUCCUCGCCGCGCUGCGCCGCGGCCCCGCCGAGGGGCUCGAGGGGGAGCCGGGGGUGCUGCCGCAGGGCGAAAUGGGCCUGUCCAGUCUGGCUGGGAUCAAGGGCGAGAAGGGGGACAGCGGCCAUGUGGGACCCACGGGCAGACCGGGAAUCCCAGGAGAGAAGGGAGAUCCAGGUGCGCGGGGGCUCAAGGGAGAGAAGGGCGAGCAGUGCGGGCAGUGCCCUCCCAGCCCGCAAGCCCUCCAAGGGACAGCGACAGUGCUGGCAGUGCCGGGGCCACCGGGAGAAAGGGGUCCUGCUGGCCCCCCGGGCAAAGCGGGCAGACCCGGCGGCGCUGGCGAGACGUUUUGGGGAGCCGGAGACGCCUGCGAGCCGGGCCCCGCCGUGCUCAGGGACAUCUCGGGCGUGGCGGCCAUCCCGGGACAGCCCGGGCCCCGAGGGGAGCAGGGCCCGCCGGGCGUCGGGCAGCCGGGCAAACCCGGCAAGCCGGGGCUGCCGGGGGUGCAGGGCCCCGCCGGGCCGAAGGGGCUGCAGGGUGAGCCAGGACAGCGGGGGAUCGGCCAGCCAGGACCGCAGGGAGACCCCGGGAGCGCCGGACCCCCCGGACCCCCUGGCCCCCCCGGACCGCAGGGACCCCCGGGGAUGGCAGCAGAGAAAGGUGCCAAGGGCUCUCCGGGCCCCAAAGGUGCCACGGGACCCCCUGGACCACCAGGGAGCAGCGUCACCGGGCCACCUGGCCCCCAGGGGCAGCGGGGGCUCCCCGGGUCCAGCGGGCAGCCGGUAGGUGCUGGGGGGUUGUGCCAGGGGCUGUGCCAGCGGGGGGCUGUGCCAGCGGGGGGUGUGCCAGGUCCUGUCUACAACUGUGGGCUUGGAGCUUUUACUGAGGAUCUCAGUGUGGGCUCUCCGGGCCCCAAAGGUGCCACGGGACCCCCUGGACCACCAGGGAGCAGCGUCACCGGGCCACCUGGCCCCCAGGGGCAGCGGGGGCUCCCCGGGUCCAGCGGGCAGCCGGGAGCCCCAGGAUUAUGGACCGGCAUGUCCUGGCAGCCCCAGCCUGGCCCGCAGGGCCCCCCAGGAGCUCCCGGCCCCCCUGGCCCGCCCGGUCCCUGGCCCGCCCGGUGCCCCGGUCGCCAGGGACCUCUGGCCGUCGUGGCUGAGAGGAACAUGGAAGUGCUGAAGACUCUCUGCGGGGACUGUGCCCAGCUGCAGGCAGCCCUGGAAGCUCCUGGGCGAGCGGAGGGGGAGAAAGGGGAUGGGGGCAUGCCCGGUGCCCCUGGCAGCGAGAGCUGUGCCCGGUGCUUUGCCCAAUUCCCGCGAGCGGAGGAGGCUCGGGGUGACAGCCCUGACUGUGCCGGUGACCCCGGGCUGCCGGGUGCCCCAGGAAUGCCAGGAGAGAGAGGAGAGCAGGGCUCCCCAGGACUGCGCGGACCUCCAGGACCACCCGGACCCAUCGGCCCCCCGGGCUUUCCUGGAACGCCGGGCGCACCCGGACUGCCCGGUCUCCAAGGGGAGCGUGGCCCUGCGGGGCUCGCCGGAGCCAAAGGGGAGCCGGGACCUCCAGGACAGCCUGGCUACCCCGGGGCCACGGGGCCCCCCGGCCUUCCCGGCAUCAAGGGCGAGCGAGGCUACGUGGGUCCCCCUGGAGAGAAAGGGGACCAAAAAACCCCCAAAUUUCUGGGACCCAACAAUCCCGUCUCUCCGCAGGGUCCCAGGGGCGAGCGUGGACUCCCAGGAAGUGCUGGAGAGAAGGGGGACCAGGGUUUCCAGGGCCAGCCUGGCUUCCCGGGACCACCGGGUCCCCCUGGUUUCCCAGGAAAGGUUGGUCCAGCCGGGCCACCAGGGCCUGUGGCCGAGAAGGGCAGCGAGGGCAUGCGAGGCCCCACGGGGAUGCCAGGACCCCCCGGGCCCCCCGGACCCCCGGGAAUCCAGGGCCCUGCUGGCCUGGAAGGACUGGAUGGCAAGGAUGGGAAGCCAGGGCUGAGGGGUGACCCCGGUCCCCCCGGGCCACCAGGGAUGAUGGGUCCUCCGGGCUUCAAAGGCAAGACAGGACACCCAGGGCUCCCAGGACCGAAGGGUGACUGCGGCAAACCCGGCCCCCCGGGGAGCACGGGCCGGCCGGGAGCGGAGGGUGACCCCGGACCCGUGGGACCCCAGGGCCGGCAGGGACCCCCCGGGCUCAUCGGCCCCCCCGGCAGCCCGGGACAGCCGGGUCCCGCUGGCCUCGCUGGAGUGGGGCUGAAGGGCGAGCGCGGCUCGGUGGGCGAGCGGGGUCUGCCCGGAAUGCCGGGACAGCCGGGACCCCCGGGACACCCGGGGCCGCCGGGAGAGCAGGGACCGGACGGACCCGUUGGGAAAGAGGGACCCCCAGGAAAACCGGGUGUGGCGGGACCAGCUGGACAGAAGGGUGACGCUGGAUCCCCCGGAGAGAGGGGAUACCCCGGGGAGAAGGGCAGAGCUGGAAUGCCCGGGGGUCCGGGGAAAAGCGGCUCCAUGGGGCUCGUGGGGCCCCGGGGUCCCGCAGGAGAGAGGGGACCCCCGGGCUCGCCGGGCCCCGCGGGGACCCCCGGGCUCCCGGGACCCCCGGGGAUGAUGGGAGAUGCGGUGAGUUACGACGAGAUCAAGAGGUUCAUCCGGCAGGAGCUGAACAAGAUGUUUGACGAGCGCAUGGCCUAUUACACCUCGCGGCUGCACUUCCCGGUGGAGAUGGUGGCGUCCCCGGGCAGGCCCGGUCCCCCCGGCAAGGACGGGCUGCCCGGCCGCCCGGGACCCCCCGGCUCCCCGGGGAUGCCGGGGCAGAUCGGCAGAGAGGGGCGGCAGGGCGUGCCGGGCAUGCGGGGCUGA